AUGCAGCUCGCUGUGCCGCUGAAGCCCUCGCUUGGCACACCCUGGCGCUUGGUCACUCCGGCCGUGCCAAAGCCCGACUCGCGCGCCGCCUCUCCGUCAUUCCUCGCUGUGGGUGUUGGAGGCUUUGCCGCUGUCGGUCGACGACGGGUUGGACGCCUCGCUGACGAGCAUGAGAAAGCGGUGCGGACGUGGGUGGAGCGCGUGAUCAUGGGUUACAACUUCUGCCCCUACGCCAAGCCCAGCGCACAGCAUCUCCGAAUCGUCACCAGCAGCGCGCAGGAGGCUGCAGAUGUGCUGGAGGAUCUCAGCACGGAGGCCUUGCGGCUUUCGCCCACGCCUUUGAAAGACUUGGAGAUUGGGGAAGCUGCGACCACCUUGCUGGUGUGCCCUUUCGUGCAGCAGUGGGAGUCCUUCGAUGCCUUCCAGCACUUCUUCCAGACCCAGCUGUCUAACGGGUACCAUUUCGCCAAGCAAGACCUGUACAUAGUGGCCUUCCACCCGAACUAUGGGAGGAUGCUGGAGCUCGGCGAGAGCGUGGAGGUGGCUGGCCAGGUGGCCACCGUGCUGGACACCAACGCCGGCUUCAGCGCCAGAGGCCAGAUCUUGGCGAAAGUUGGCCUGGCCUCCGGCGAGGAGACAUUCAUUGAGCUACCUCCCACAGAUCCCGGCGAAUGCCUAGUCUCCACUGCCCCGCGGCCGGUUCUGCACCUGCUUCGAACCCGAGAUCUGGAGGAGGCGAAUGGCACGGACAUCCGCAGGCGGAAUGGCGCCACCAUCAAAGACAUUGGUGAGGAUGCCAUCCGGAAAGCAAUCCGCCUGUGCGGGUGA